GUAUAAAUUAAUAGAAAUUUGAAAACAACCGAUUCUGUUUUGGUUCACUGUCGAAGAUGAAUAAUAAGAAAUUGACCGCAGCGAUUUUGUCCGUGUUGGUGGCAGCUGCGCAAGCAAAUGUAGCAGUCAAGCCGCCGCCGGCGGCCCCGGCAUUGGAUGGACGCAACUGGGACGGGCUAGGUUUAUCAGCCGACAUCAAUGAAUAUGUGGACAACACCAUUCAUAUGCUCGUACCCUUCAUGCAGGAAAAUGGUCUGGAUCCUAUGGAAUUGCCUGAAAUAACUGAAGGAUUUUCUGUGAGGCCUAUCCUGAUCACAUACAGCGCCUACCUGACGAUCCACGAUGGCUACAUGACCGGUCUAACCAACGUCGCCCGCUCCGGAGACCAGACUGUCAACUACUUCGCCAAGAUGCUGCGCGUUAGAGUACGGCUGCAGUUUACCAACUUAGAGUUCGUCUUCAGAUACUUAGUACGAGUAAUGAACUCAAUCUUAAUGAGAUACACGGGAGGCAUCAUUGGCUCUCUGAACAGAUUCGUAGUCACCGUAGAUCUCCUUAUCGACUUCAAUAACGACGAGGUCCAUCUUCAAGAGUUCUCUCUUACUGACAUUGGUCGUCUGCGCGUGCGCUUGACUGACAACAUCUUGACCGACUGGUUGAUCAACCCGGUGAUCACUGUGUUCACUCUCAUCUUCGACACCAUGAUCAUGAGGAUCGUGGCCGACAACAUCCGCUCAGCCAUCCAGGACGGCAUCGACGUCGUCAACAGCGGCGUCAAGACCAUCAUAGAACAACUUGAAUCUAUAAACUGAUAUAUCAUCUUUUUCUUCUUCUUGACCCUUUCUCAUUUAUGUUAACUCCUUCUACUUGAUUCUGUCACUUGCUACUUAUUUCAAAUUUUUUAGUUAAAACGCCACUUGAAAUUCUAAAGGAAGAUCUACAACAGCGCGUUAUGUGAGCUAUGAUAAUGUGUUAAGACUUCAUGAUUAUAAAGUUAGGCAUACGCAUACAA